AUGUUCAUUAAUCGCUGACUAUUCUCUACCAACCAUAAAGACAUCGGGACCUUAUAUCUCCUAUUUGGAGCCUGAGCAGGAAUAGUAGGAACAGCCCUAAGCAUCCUAAUUCGAGCGGAACUCGGACAACCAGGCGCUCUAUUAGGCGACGACCAAAUUUACAACGUAGUAGUUACAGCCCACGCAUUCGUCAUAAUCUUCUUCAUAGUAAUACCGAUAAUAAUCGGCGGGUUCGGUAAUUGACUAGUCCCACUAAUAAUCGGAGCCCCUGAUAUAGCAUUUCCCCGAAUAAACAAUAUAAGCUUUUGACUUUUACCCCCAUCAUUCCUCCUACUCCUAGCCUCAUCCAUAGUAGAAGCAGGAGCUGGAACAGGAUGAACAGUUUACCCGCCACUAGCCGGAAAUCUAGCACACGCAGGAACAUCCGUAGACCUAACCAUUUUCUCCCUUCACCUAGCAGGUGUCUCAUCAAUCUUAGGCGCUAUUAACUUCAUCACUACCAUUAUUAACAUAAAACCACCAGCCAUAACACAAUAUCAAACCCCCUUAUUUGUAUGAUCAGUCCUUAUUACCGCCGUACUCCUCCUCCUUUCUCUCCCAGUAUUAGCCGCAGGUAUUACAAUACUCCUCACCGACCGAAACCUAAAUACCACAUUCUUUGAUCCAGCCGGAGGCGGUGACCCCAUUUUAUACCAGCAUCUAUUUUGAUUCUUCGGCCACCCAGAAGUAUACAUCCUUAUUCUUCCAGGCUUCGGAAUCAUUUCGCACAUCGUCACCUACUACUCAGGCAAGAAAGAACCAUUUGGUUAUAUAGGAAUAGUAUGAGCUAUAAUAUCCAUCGGCUUCCUAGGUUUCAUCGUAUGAGCCCACCAUAUAUUCACAGUAGGACUGGAUGUAGACACCCGAGCUUACUUCACAUCAGCCACAAUAAUCAUCGCUAUUCCAACAGGAGUAAAAGUGUUUAGCUGACUAGCAACCCUUCAUGGAGGUAAUAUCAAAUGAUCGCCCGCAAUAUUAUGAGCCCUAGGCUUUAUUUUCCUAUUUACAGUAGGAGGACUUACAGGCAUUGUGCUAUCCAACUCCUCCCUAGACAUUGUUCUUCAUGACACAUACUAUGUAGUAGCACAUUUCCACUACGUCCUAUCAAUAGGCGCUGUCUUCGCUAUUAUAGCUGGAUUUGUCCACUGAUUCCCACUAUUCACAGGCUACACCCUAGACGACAUAUGAGCCAAAACCCACUUCGCUAUUAUGUUUGUAGGAGUUAACAUAACAUUUUUCCCACAACACUUCCUUGGUCUAUCAGGCAUGCCACGACGCUACUCCGAUUAUCCAGACGCUUACACUACAUGAAACACAGUUUCAUCUAUAGGAUCGUUCAUCUCACUCACAGCAGUACUAAUCAUAAUCUUUAUAAUCUGAGAAGCCUUUGCUUCAAAACGAGAAGUACUUCACGUAGAACAUUCCUCUACAAAUCUAGAAUGACUUCACGGCUGUCCACCACCAUACCACACAUUCGAAGAACCUACUUUCGUAAAAGUAAAAUAA